AUGUGUGAGGUGAAUGCAGGGCUGCUGUCACGGGAUCCGGCGGGACGGGAGCUGGGGACGCUCGGGGCUGAGGCUGCUGGAGAUCAUGAAAACACAGCUUCCAGCUUGCUGCAGGAUCACUAUCUUGAUUCAUCUUGGAGAAUGGAUAACAGUCUACCAUGGACGUUGGACAACAGCAUUAGUGAGGAAAACAGGGCCGUCAUUGAGAAGAUGUUGCUGGAAGAAGAAUAUUAUUUAUCUAAUAAAUCACUUUCUGAAAAAAUAUGGCUCAAUCAAAAGGAAGUGGAGAAAAGAUCUGUGAAAAGCCCACAUAAGAAAACUGGAAAAGUCAUGGUGCGAUCACCUACAAAACCAGCUAGCUACUCAUUAAAGUGGACAUUGGAAGAAAAAGAACUGUUUGAACAAGGACUGGGGAAAUUUGGCCGCCGGUGGACGAAAAUUGCCAAGUUGAUUGGAAGUCGUACUGUUCUACAAGUAAAGAGCUAUGCUCGGCAGUAUUUUAAGAACAAGGCAAAACAUGGUGACUCUGAAAAAGAAGAGCAAAGUCAGUGCGGCGGCAGCAGUCUUCCCACUGAAGAUGGGAUACGGGCAGAGGCAUGGUCAUCUGGAAGCUUGAGAGGCCGUGCAGACCCCAAUCUGAAUGCAGUGAAAAUUGAAAAGCUGUCAGAUGAUGAAGAAGUAGACAUAACUGACGACAUGGAUGAACUACUUUCUCCUACCUUCCAGCAAGAAACUGGAAAAUCUGAAUUAUCUGUUAUUUCAGAAGGUCCAGCUGAAGAAACAAAAGGAAUGGAACACGUUCUUUCAUCUGUUGGACACUGUUCUGUGGUUUCUUUACCUAAAGAAGAUCCUCAACAUACCAAGCAAGAUACAGUGGAUGCAUUAGUAUUUCCAGAUGUUGCAGCAACAUGUUCUCAGCACCUGAAUGGUGAUAAAUCUCUGAACUUAGAUUACCAGCAGUACAAUAAUUUUAUUGAGAAAGCUGAACAAAGCAGACUAGGAACAUCUCAUGGUACUGGAGAAGUAACUGAUCAGGAGCUUAAUGAGGAACAGAGAGACCUGGCUGAUAAUGGGUUGCUUUUUCCUUCUCCCUGCCAAGUGGAUGAAGAUCAUCAAGAAGAAGCAGAGGAGCUUAAGGCACCUGAUCAAGAGGUGGAGGUUGACAGAAGCAUCAUUCUGGAAGAAGAAAAGCAAGCUAUUCCUGAAUUUUUUGAAGGGCGCCAGGCUAAAACACCAGAACGUUAUUUGAAAAUUCGGAAUUAUAUUUUGGAUCAAUGGGAGAGAUGUAAACCCAAAUACCUGAAUAAGACUUCAGUACGUCCAGGCCUCAAGAACUGCGGUGAUGUUAACUGCAUCGGACGGAUCCACACAUACUUGGAAUUAAUAGGAGCGAUUAACUUUGGCUGUGAACAGGCUGUCUAUAACCGACCCCAGCCAGCUGAUAAAACACGCUCCAAAGAAGGCAAAGACACAGUGGAAGCAUACCAACUUGCUCAGCGCUUGCAGUCCAUGCGUACAAGAAGACGGCGAGUGCGAGACCCUUGGGGAAACUGGUGUGAUGCAAAGGAUUUGGAAGGACAGACAUUUGAGCAUCUGUCUGCUGAAGAAUUAGCAAGAAGAAGAGAGGAAGAAAAACUGAAACCUCCAAAAUCUUCUAAAGGUUCAAGACAAACAAAAAGUUCCUUUGAUCCCUUUCAGCUGAUACCGUGCUGUUUAUUCACUGAGGAAAAACAGGAACCUUUUCAGGUGAAAGUGUCUUCCGAAGCACUUUUAAUAAUGGAUUUGCACUCCCAUGUGUCUAUGGCAGAAGUAAUAGGGCUGCUGGGUGGAAGAUACUCUGAAGCUGAUAAAAUUGUAGAGGUCUGUGCAGCAGAGCCGUGCAAUAGUCUCAGUACAGGACUGCAGUGCGAGAUGGAUCCAGUAUCUCAAACACAGGCCUCGGAGACGCUGUCUGCCCGAGGAUACAGUGUUAUUGGAUGGUACCAUUCCCACCCGGCCUUUGACCCCAACCCCUCCAUACGAGAUAUUGACACUCAGGCUAAAUACCAGAGUUAUUUCUCCAGGGGUGGUGCCAUGUUCAUUGGAAUGAUUAUAAGUCCUUACAACCGCAAUAAUCCUCUUCCAUAUUCUCAGAUUACUUGUCUAGUAAUUAGCGAUGAGAUCAGUUCUGAUGGUUCCUACCGCCUGCCCUACAAAUUUGAAGUACAGCAGAUGUUGGAGGAACCUCAGUGGGAAUUAAUAUUUGAAAAAACGAGAUGGAUAAUUGAAAAAUACAGAUUCUGUCAUAGCAGUGUCCCCAUGGAUAAAAUUUUUCAUAGAGAUUCUGACCUGACUUGUUUGCAGAAACUUUUGGAGUGCAUGAGGAAGACUUUGGGCAAAGUAAGAAACUGCUUCGUUGCUGAAGAGUUCUUGACUCAGAUAGAAAACUUAUUCCUUUCCACGUACAAGAGUGAGAAAAAGAGUAAUGCUGAAGAAAACGAGAAUGAGUGUUCAAAUGAAUAG